AUGACGCUGAUUUCCUCGAAGCUUCGGUACCUGCUGCUCUUCUACGCCGCCUUCCAAGCCAUCCAGUACGGUCUUCGCUGGAAACACUACGAUAUCUCGCCCAAGCAGUUCAAGGGAAUCGCAGCGAAGGCGGCGAGCGCUCCAACGGCUUCACAGUCAAUUUCCACAUUGACAUCUGGAAUGCGCAGCUACUAUGACCCAAUAAUGCCACGUCAUAUCGAGUGGCAUGCUAUGCAACUCGGAGGGCUCAGUUUGAGGAUCUAUCCAAUUAUCACCGCUUUCACCGAGUUCGCCGCUGCCUUCUCCACCCCAUUCCCAACAUCCGGUCGCGCUGGAUUCCACUGGGCCAACACCACGUGCACAGUACUCAAAGGAAAGGUCUCCAGAUUCAACGAUGGCACACAGGACGACACAUCGGAAGCUUUCUCCAGUGGAAUGGCCUUCAGACACGGACAGUUCGAGUCCUAUGUGUACAACUUCGAGAAGGACACUUUUGUGGCGUGUUAUGGCCGCGGCUUCCUCCCAUUCUCCUCCACCGUCCACUGCACCUCUGGAAUCUCGUUGGGCGAGCCGCUCUCAGUCGUCAAGUUCUACAUGUCUCAAGUUCAAAACUACUGGAAUAUGGCCAGUCAGACGGCUAGCCGCAUCUUCAACCACUACAAAGCCCGUGCCACAGGAGAGCUGUAA